CGACGACGCACGCUCUCCACCACCUACCUCAUGCUCUGCUACACAUACAGUUUUGCACUGGUCUUCCUAUCAUCCGUGCCGCCAUCAUCUGCCUGCAUCCUGGUGAUGUAGAAGCACCGUCCAGAAUGGCCAUCAACUAUCUGAUUCUGCUCUCGCGACAGGGCAAAGUGAGACUUGCAAAAUGGUUCACGACACUCUCCCCGAAAGAGAAGGCAAAGAUUGUCAAGGACGUCUCCCAGCUCGUCUUGGCUAGACGCACACGCAUGUGCAACUUUUUGGAAUACAAAGACACCAAGAUUGUCUACCGGCGAUACGCGUCCCUCUUCUUCAUCGGCGGCUGCGACUCUGACGACAACGAGCUCAUUACCCUCGAGGUCAUCCACCGAUAUGUCGAGCAGAUGGACAAGUACUACGGCAAUGUCUGCGAGCUCGACAUUAUCUUCUCGUUCACGAAAGCGUACUACAUCCUCGAUGAGAUAUUAUUAGCCGGCGAGCUGCAAGAGAGCAGUAAGAAGAACGUGUUGCGCUGCAUAGGCCAGCAAGACUCGUUGGAGGACAUGGAGGUACGUUCGACCGACGACUCGCCAUUUCCACUCCAUCAGAUUCUCCUCAAGCGUGGGGUUUCCAUCAUUCCCAUGUCGCCCACUGAUCCAUUCCCUUGCCUAGGUCGAGGACGAGGUCACGAAGAUCAUGUAACGAUGAAACAAUACUACACUGCCAAAGGCAGCAUGUUGCAAGCAGGCCUACAACGUCUAGCGACCAGAAGAGCGACCCGAAUAUGCACAUCUCGAUACCACAAUCAAUGCAAUAAUUUUCUGCUUACCGUUUCGCGAUUGACUACAGGAUGCUGAGCAGUUGGAGAAGAGCAUGAAACAAAACGGCUUCCUUUGAGGCUUUCGGACUCCUCGAUAGAUCGACUUCUGGCGAAACUGGGUGACUCCUUGCGACAAAUAGGCGCGCCGUCGCUCCGGCCUGAACGGCAGCUCUGGCAAUGGCCGGAGCUACGCAAGACUGGUCCGAACAACGAGCGGAGGGCCAGGCAAAAAUAUCGGAAGGAUAGUCGCGGACGCGUGGGCACAGCUACGGACGAUCCGCGUCAACCAGGGGCACCAGUCAUGGAUAGCAUUGGGGAUCAGCAAGGCGAAGAAAGGGGCAGUGGGAUGAUGUGUUGGCGCACGUGGAAGCAAGUGGGAGCUCAGAUACCAAGAACGCUUGAGGCACACCUCGAGCCAAGCAAAGAAAUGGACAAAGGCUAUCUAUCUUACGGCAUCGUGCCGGGUGGGCGUAGACCAUCAAAGUGUAGGUCG